AAAAAAAAAAAACGAUAACUAAGACUGUGCAGUUAAUAGCUCUGCUUUAUUUUCGUACAGUUAAUUUCCGUGAAUCGGAAGUAUAAACUACUCUGUCGUUAUCUCUCACAUUCAGCGAAGUCGGAAGUGUAAGUUUACCGCGGUUCCAACGCCCCCUUCUUGGGCCUGGAUGAUGCUUUGAGCGCCUUGUUACCUUCCAUGCCCUGUGCGGAGCUCAAGGUCUGCGGGCAAAGCGACGACCCGUCCACUCUGAAAGAAGUCUUUCUCAGCUCAGUGCACGACCGCAUGUGUUUGCGCAGACAUUAAUUUGCGCGAACCACGAUGCUCACGUGCGGCGUCGCCGUGGCCGCGGGAGCGCGCCUCCUGCUCAAACCCCUGGGGUUCCUGCAAACCAGGCUGGUUACCAGCGCCUCUGUUCUGAGGCGCAGGUGUGUCUCCGCGCUCCCGGCGGCCCGGUGCUUCGGCAGUUCCUCGGACGGCCCCCCGAAGAGACCCAAGACGAGCUACAUGCAUUUCGCCGAGCAGCAGUGGCCCCUCGCCCUGCGCCAGUUCCCAGAGGCCAAAGUUGUUGAUCUUAGUCGAAAGAUUGGACAGAAAUGGAGGGAAAUGACACCUGAGCAAAAAAAGCCCUUUAUUGAGGCAUCAGCUGCUUCCAGGGAGCAGUACAAUGCUGAGAUGGAGCGGUACAGAGCCCAGCUCACUCCUGCUCAGUCUGCUGCAUUGAAGGAAGAAAAGAGAGAGAAACUGGCAAAGAGGAAGGCCACCAGGAAGAAGAGGGAGCUGAGAAAUCUUGGUAAACCUAAGCGUCCCCGGACUGCCCUCAUCAUCUUCAUCACAGAGAAUUAUGCAGAAACAAAAGGAGCAACAAUGAUUGCAAAGGCAAAGACUUUGAUGGAUGCCUGGAAGAAAUUGAGUGAGGCAGAGAAACAGGUGUACUUGCAACAAGCCGAAGACGAUAAAGUGCGUUACAGAAAUGAAAUGAAAGCUUGGGAGGAACACAUGACAGAGAUUGGAAGGGAGGACCUCAUUCGAAGGACUGUUAGUAAGGUUAAAAAAACAGCAUCUCCAAAACGAGGUAAAAAGAAGUCCAGAGUCAAGACAAUUAAAACCAAAGGAAGUGUGAAUCCUGCAGGCAGUAAGGAGUUAGAUACCACGGCGGCAAACAAGGCAACACGGAAGAGUAGAAAGGCUGAAGAGUGAUCGCAUCCGUCAUAAAGGCAAGACCGUCCUGAAUAAAAUCACUGUAGAACAGGGAUACACCUCUAAGUAUUUGUGUUCCUAUACAUACUGUGACUGAGUGUCAUGAGCAAGUUGUGAUGCCUUUGACCUCAAGUAGAGGUCCACACAACUGUUUCAGCUCUGUAAAUAAAAGGAAAUGAAGACUCCACUUUGUACUUUUCAGAAGUCAUAUAUGCUAAGAUGUCGUGUUGCUUUGUUAACUAAAUAGAUGCAAGUAAAAUGGCCAGUUUAUUCAUAAAGUACUGAAAUAGUAAUUAAACUCUGCAUUCGAUGUAUCCGAUUUGUAUGGUUUAGACAAAGAAUUCAAUGUUUUUCAUAACCAUUAA